AUGAUCCGCGAUCCAUUUAACAUCCACCGCAAGAACGCCUUCAAAGCCACAGCCUUCCAGACAGUCCAACACAUCACAACAACAGCAGCGCAUGUCGGCGCUGCGGCCCUCGACAUGUCCUUCCAUAUCCCAAAGAAUGUUCCCAACUUUGGAGCGCCGCAUCGAGACCUAGAGGACAGAGCCUGGGUAGCGCUAUCUCGAGGCAACGGGGAUGCGUCGCAUGGUUUUAUAAACGGCGUCCAGAGGAAGGUGUCACAUUACUUCGAGGACGAUUCGUUGCCAAUGUAUAAAGAUAAGCCGUACGGGCACGGGAGGAAGCGAUGGUGGCGAAGAAAACGAGUACUAAGCACAAUUGCGCUUGCUUCGUUGACGUUUCUCUGGUUGACUGGAUUCUUUCGCGGCAAUGACGAGAAGCGGUCCUCGACGUCGACAUCUACAUGGACAUGGUUGGGAAUGUCCAGGAUCAACAAGGCUGCUAAUUGGGACGCAAGACGGCAGAGUGUUGUCGAAGCGUUCGAGUUAAGCUGGGAUACGUAUUCGCGCUAUGCUUGGGGCUACGACGAGUAUCACCCGAUUUCGAAAACUGGGAAGAAUAUGGCCUCCAAAGGAUUGGGUUGGAUUAUAGUUGAUUCACUGGACACGAUGAUGUUGAUGAACUUGACAUCCCGAGUAGAACAUGCUCGCGAAUGGCUGUCGAAUUCAUUGACUUGGGACCAAGACCAGGAUGUUAAUACGUUUGAAACUACGAUUCGCAUGCUCGGCGGUCUCUUAUCCGCUCACUAUAUUUCCAACGAAUACCCUAAUCUGGCACCUGUGAAGGAUGACGACCACGGGAAGCCGGGCGAGGAUCUCUACUUGGAAAAAGCCAAAGAUUUGGCCGACCGACUGAUGGCUGCAUUCGAAUCCGAAUCUGGUGUUCCUUAUGCUAGUGUAAACCUUGGCAAGAUGCAAGGCCUUCCCUCGCAUGCAGAUGGCGGCGCCUCUUCCACUGCUGAAGCAACCACUGUUCAACUCGAAUUUAAAUACCUUGCAAAGCUGACUGGCGAAACUAACUUCUGGGAAAAGGCUGAGAAGGUUAUGGAAGUUGUUGACGAUAACAACCCCAAUGCUGGCCUGGUCCCUAUCUACAUCUACGCCACGACUGGAGAAUUCCGAGGCUCGAAUAUUCGCCUGGGAAGCCGGGGUGAUUCGUACUAUGAGUACCUGAUCAAGCAGUACCUUCAGACGAACAAGCAGGAACCUGUGUACGAACAAAUGUGGGACGAAGCUCUCGAAGGUGUUCGCAAGCACCUCAUCACGUACACGGAACCGACUGGCUAUACCAUCAUUGGGGAACGACCAAGUGGAUUGGACGGCUACCUGUCACCCAAGAUGGACCACCUUGUAUGCUUUAUGCCUGGAACUAUAGCCCUAGGUGCUACCGGGGGACUUACGGAAGCGGAGGCGCGCAAGCUUCCUUCCUGGAAUAAGAAGAAGGAAGACGAAAUGAGACUCGCUCGGGAGUUGAUGCAGACCUGCUGGGGCAUGUAUAAGGCCAUGGCCACCGGACUGGCGGCGGAGAUUACAUACUUCAAAAUCGCGGAUCCGCCCCUGCCAGAAUCGGCACCACAUCACCCGCCAGCCGAGUUCGACCCUGACCCUCAAGCCACCUGGCGACAAGAUUUCCAAGUCCAGCCGAACGACGUACACAAUUUGCAACGACCAGAGACUGUGGAGAGCUUGUUUUACAUGUGGAGAAUCACGGGCGAUGUCAGAUACCGUGAAUGGGGGUGGGAGAUGUUCGAGUCGUUUGUCAACUACACAGCUGUUGAGAACGAGGGCGGCUUUACAAGUUUGAGCAAUGCCAAUACGAUUCCACCCGUGACAAAGGAUAAUAUGGAAAGUUUCUGGCUGGCUGAAACCUUGAAAUACCUGUACCUCUUAUUCUCGCCGAACGACUUGUUACCCCUGGACAAGGUCGUCAUCAACACCGAGGCACAUCCGUUCCCUCGAUUCGACUUGGGCAGGCUCUUCUCAACUGGAUGGAAGCGCAAACCUCGGGAUGCCAAUGGGAACAUUAUUGGAAAGACGGGGACUGUAUCUUCAUAA